UCCGGCUGAAUAAGGAAGUAAGUGUAUCCACGUUAUUUGAACGUUUUAAACAUCUUCCACCUGUUGACAUAAUAUAGUUGGGUUGCUCAUAUGUCAACAACUUGUUCAGAAAAGUGAAAGUUAAGUGAGAAUUUAUAUCUUCGCCGCAGUCCGAAAUUGUUAUUAAGCUCGAUGGCUUGUUGCUAUUCGUUGGAAUUCCAUAAAAGUGUUGUGUUUUGUAUCAUAUGAAAAAAUGGACCAGCGCGGAAACGGAGGAGUUAGAAAUAGGAUCGGAAAUGGUCAAGAUAAAGUGGAAGCAAUUAAAAAUGACAAAAACUCUGUUGAAAACAAGCCUAGGUCGUCGAAUUCAAGAACUAUCGGUCUUAUAUUUGUUUCGUUACUUUUAGAUUUGUUAGCUUUUACAAUGAUUUUACCACUCUUGCCAUCGUUGUUAGACUAUUACGAUAGAGAGGAAGGCAAGGGUAACAGUUUGUAUGCCUCCUUACUAAGAGCAGUGCAAAGUUUCCAAAGGUUCACGGGAGCUCCUGAUCGCUUCGCGUCAGUGUUAUUCGGGGGAGCCUUGGGCUCGAUGUAUAGCUUCCUACAAUUUUUAACAAGUCCAAUAGUAGGAAGCCUUUCAGAUGCAUAUGGAAGGAAGCCUAUGCUUUUAAUUUGUUUGGUAGGAAUUACUAUAUCCCAUGCAUUAUGGAGUUGUGCGAGUACAUUCAGUGUGUUUGUCCUGGCUCGUUUUAUUGGUGGCUUGAGCAAAGCCAACGUAAGUCUCAGUAUGGCCAUCGUCACAGACGCGUCGAAUGAAAAAACGAGGGCAAGAGGAAUGGCACUUGUAGGGCUGGCCUUCUCUAUCGGUUUCAUAGUUGGUCCUCUCGCUGGAGCUUGGUUUUCGAAGAACAGUGAUAUGUCGUCAGGGGCAUGGGGUGAGAAACCAGCUUUUUAUGCCCUUAGUUUAUCACUUGCCAACGUCCUCUUAGUAUGGCUAUGUAUACCGGAGACAUUGCCCAAAGAAAAAAGAGCACCUUUAUCGUUCACUCUGUCUAAAUCAGUGGAUUUCGUCUCUCCUUGGCAUCUACUAAGAUUUACACCUGUUAAAAACCUCUCGAAGCAUCAGAGUAAAGUGUUGUCGAGACUGGGCCUAAUUUACUUUCUGUAUUUAUUUAUAUACUCGGGCCUCGAGUUCACUCUUACAUUCCUUACGCAUCACACCUUCCAGUAUACCGCUAUGCAGCAGGGUAAAAUGUUCCUAGUCAUGGGGCUUAUAAUGGCGGUUCUGCAGGGUGGUGCGGCGCGGCGGCUAGAGGCUAAGAGUGCGGAACUAGCGGCGCGGGGAGCUCUGGUCCUCACACCAGCUUCCUUCUUGAGUGUAGCAUUCGCAGCGUUACCACGCCCGCCGCUAUUUGAGCCAAUAUACUGGCUAUGGAUCGGACUCGUUUUAUUCGCAUUGUCAACGGCGUUCGCGGUAUCGUGUAUGACGUCGAUGGCGGGCGGGCAGGCGCCGGCGGCCGCGCGGGGCGCAGUGCUCGGCACUCUGCGCUCGCUGGGCGCGCUGGCCCGCGCUGCCGGACCACUGCUAGCUGCUGCAGCUUCUGGCAAAGCUGGAACUGCUCACAAAGAAAACAUAAGACUCAAAAACGAGCUUGAGAGACUUGAAGAAGAAAAUAAUAUGCUAAGAUUGAAGUUUGAAAUACUUUUGGAUAUGAUGACAGAUAAAACUGUGGAGGCCGAACAACAAGCGGAAUUGCAGCGAGCACAGAGCAUGGGCAAUUUAAAACAAAAGGGAAAUAAAAAGAAGUGGUGAUGUUAUUAUUGUAGACGACACGUGUGCCUAAUUAUAUGUAAAUAAAAAUGAAAAAUCCUAGGUAAAAAUGCUGUA